AUGAGUCGAAGUACAAGUAAUCCAGAUUUAUCACCAUCAUCAAUUAGUAAUAAAUCAAUGUCAUUAUCAACAAAUUCACCAAUUAAUGAUGACGAUCAUUCCGCAUUUGUUCUUAAAGUUUUUCGAAGUGAUCAAUCAUAUAAAUUUUUGCCUGUACAUAAGGAAACAACAGCAAAACAAGUUGUCAUGUUAGCUAUAACUGAAUUCGGUAUUGUUGAUCCAAGCAGAUGUUAUUCAUUAUGUGAAGUAUCAGCUGAAAAUGGUGUUAUAAAACAAAAACGUUUACCUGAUCAUAUUGACAAUUUACCGGAACGUCUUCCAGUAAAUGCUCGCUUUUAUUUAAAAAAUAAUCAUUUAACUGAAACACUUGUACCUGAUAAUUUAUCAAAUGAAUUAUUACGUGAAGCACGUAUUAAUUUUCUUCAAUUAGAUGCACUUGAAAUAUGUGCACAAUUAACAUUACGUGAUUUUUCAAUAUUUAAAUCUAUUAAAACAACUGAAUAUAUUGAUCAUAUAUUUAAAUUAAAAUCUUUAUAUGGCAUACCACAAUUAGAAAGAUUUCUUAAAUUACCCAAUCAAGAAAUGUAUUGGACAAUAACAGAAAUAUUGCGUGAAAGUAAUUUAAUACAACGUUCAAAAGUUAUUAAACAUUUUAUUAAAAUUGCAAAAUGUUGUAAAGAUGUGAAAAAUUUUAAUUCAAUGUUUGCAAUUAUUAGUGGACUUGAUCAUAAAAGUGUACAACGUUUACAAUCGACUUGGGAACGUGUACAAGAUAAACAUAAGAAAAUUUUUGAGGAGCUUAAAGCUUUGCUUGAUUUAUCCCGAAAUAUGUCUGUCUACCGAAAUUUAUUAAAAAAUGAAUUUGUUAUUCCACCAAUUAUUCCCAUGUUUCCGGUGUGUAUGAAAGAUUUGACAUUUAUACAUCUGGGAAAUCCAACACAAGAUGAUGGCUUAAUUAAUUUUGAAAAACUUCGUAUGAUUGCAAAAGAAAUUCGACAUAUUACAAGCAUGGCAUCAUCUCCUUAUGAUAUUUCAAAUAUGUUCGAUUCAAUAACAUCUCAUGCACAAGUAUUUGCUGGUUUUGGCCAUCACUCAGCGACAGAUUCAUUUGGUACAAUGCGAAGACAACAAACUGGUAAUCGUUUAUCUGUUAUGGCAAAUGCUAAACGAAUUUAUGAUGAAGCAUUAAUGGUUAAAAAAGUUAAAACUUAUUUAAAUAAUGCUGAAAUAAUUCAAGAUGAAGAUCGUCUACUGGAAAUAGCCAAUCAAUGUGAACCAGCUGGAGUAGGAAACACACCUACAUCCCCAUCAAGUUCAUUGUCUAAACUUUCAUUGGUUGUUGAUGAUAAUGAAUUUGUUAUUGUGAAUUCGCCAACAAAUUCAAAAGUAAAUGAUCAAAACAAUAAUAAUAUUAAAAAUGGAAGAUCUAGUAUACUCAUUAAAAGUGAAGAAACAAAAAAUAAUAAUAAUGUUCAUACUCGACAACGUACAAAUACAUCGCCGACACCAUUCAGUGCUAUUAAAAGUGCUUUUUUGAAUGUCAGCACACUUAAACGCCGUCCAUCACCAUCAACAUCAAGUUUGUCAUCAAAUUCAUCAUGUGAUCGUCGUACUGGUUCUAUACAAUUGACGAAAUUUGGUACACAAUCACCGGAUGCUGUUAAUAAAUUACUUCGUCUAACCGAUAGUAGUCAUCAAGUAAAACCUCGUGCACCACAACGACCAAAUCAUACAUCAAUACCAUCUAAUGUUUUAAGUACAUCAGUACCAAAUUCAACAUCACCAAUAAUAAGUAGUAUAACAGCAACAGCAACAACAGGACUUUCAUCAUUAGCUGAAUCGACUCAUCAUCAUCGUCAUAUAACAAAAAUACGUGAUACAAAUAAAUUAACAAGUGAAAGUUCAAGUUUAAAUUUUAAACCACCAGCAUCAACAUCAUAUACACAUCUUAUAAGAUCUCAUACUCAAUUAAAUCAAACAAAUAGUGAAUUAAUAAAAGAAGUUGGUGGUGAUUCUGGACGUGGUAGUCUUAAUUCAACGGAUACUUGUGUUGGUGAUGGAAGUGAAAAAUCGACUAGUACAAUAAAUGAUGGAUUUUCAUCAGUUAAAAUUCGAAAUCGACCUCCAUUACCACAAUCACAUUCUGUCACAUCUGCAAAUCGUCAUGAUAGUGCACAAAUUUCAAAGACGGCACGUAGUUGGUUCCAACGUUCUCAGUCAGAAAAUGAAGUCACUACAGCUGAUGUACCUGAUCGAGGUAACUAUUAA